AUGCCUGUUCAUUUGCCCGCCGUGCCCCGUCCCAUGUUCGGGCGGGGGCCAGAUGCGUCCAGGAGCGAAGAUGCCGGGCGCGAUGGGGGCCGGACCGGUCUCAAAGAGACGAAGGCUUCGCUGAAGCCACUGGUCCGGGAUGUCAUCAACGGACUCGUUCCCGUGGACAAGGACAGGGAGAUCAUCCAGAUACGAAAGGGCCGUGGUGGCCUCUUCGGGAAGCAGGAUGACCUCAACUACUACAGCGUCUUUCAGGAGGUGCCGCUGUCUCUGAAAGAGAAGCUGGUUGAGGCCGCAGCUUGCGACGAUCUGUACCACCGGGCCAUGGGUUGCAUGCAGGGCAUGGCCGUGGGUGAUUCGCUGGGGCAUCCUUUUGAGUUCCUGCCGGUGCAAGACCGGCCUGUCGGCCCGCACUUCGACUUCGAACGAUUUGAAUUCGUUGGCGCGUCGAACACUUUUCGCCUGAAGCCUGGGCAGUGGACAGACGAUGCUGCCAUGGGCCUUUGCAUGGCCGACUCCCUGCUGAUGAGGCGCGAAUUCGAUGGGAGUGACAUGAGGAUUCGUUUCUGGUGUUGGUGGAACCGCGGCUACAACAACGCUUUCCGAAAGGAUCCGACGCGGAGUGGCUCGGUAGGCCUGGGUGGCAACAUCGCCAAGUCUUUGACCGAGAUCUCCUACCUGCUUCCCGAGGAGACGCCUAGCCCGGCCUACAAAGCAGCAACGGAAGAUGCAGGGAAUGGAAGCUUGAUGCGAUUUGCCCCAAUCGCCAUCUACUACCAUGCUGCUCCGAUGGAAGAGGUACUCGACUUUGCACGUCAGUCCUCGUACACGACUCACCCGGGCAUCAUCGCAGCAGAGGCCUGCUCCCUGCUGGCUUUUCUCAUCAUCCGGGCACUCAAGCGCCAGGGUGAGGAGAACCAGAUGACUGCCAGGGACUUUUUGGACAAGGUGACAGCAGAAUACCUCUCCGUCUCAGGCCUCGAAAACAAGUCUGGCUGGGGCUUCGACCAGAUGAAUUGGCUGGUUCGAGCAAAGCCGAUCCAUGCAACCGAGAGGUGCUGGGAUUGGCGCAACCCUCACCUGGACAUCGCAGGGACCCUCCGAGCAAGAGGGCGGAGCUACAAUGGAUACCCGGUGUCAGCCGGUUACUUUGGUUCCUACUCCUUGGACGGCCUGGCCUUAGCUCUUUGGUCCGUCUACAAUUCCUCCUCCUUUAAUGAAGCCGUGGUCAAGUCCGUGAACCUCCUUGGGGACGCGGCGCGGGUUGUAGUGGCAAUGCCUCAUACUACUUCCUUUGUGUUCGUGAAGUUUGGAGAAGAGCCGGUGCGUGUCAUCCUCACCCACACACCGGGGAUGCUUUUGGUCAAUGAAGGCAUGCCUCUUCUUGACAUGCGAAACAACCCCGAUGGGAUGGAGCAGGCUCUUCUUGCCUUGACAGUCCCGCAGUUGAGGGACUUUGUGGAUGACUACCAUUUGAGUGGCAUUUCCAUGCGUGGCAAGACGUCAAAGCAAGACAUUGUCAGGCAAAUCCUUGCGCGUUGGGACGAGGUCAUGGCAAAGGUUGAGGCAAUGGUGCCCGAUUUUCGUGAGAAUGUCCGUGCCAUGACCAACCAAGCACAGGCAUCCACAGCAGGUGCAGACGUGCGCCCCUUCUCCGGAGUUCCUCAUCGCUUGGAUGGGGGAUACAAUGCCUCUGACGCCGAGGAGACAAAGGAGGAAACCCCAGUGAUGCGCCUUGUCGUUCGCCCUGAGGAAGGUUCCAGUGAAGGCGCGAUUGUCGUGCUUGUUUUUGAGGGCGACACCUCUACGACUAUCAUUGAGCAGAUGGUGCCGGUCAUCCUCAAACGAAGCACUACACAGACGAACGACACCGCCCCCGACUGCACCACACUUGCCAUGAUGUUGAAGUUCGUGAAGGUUCGGGACAACACCAUGCUUGACUCCACGACACCCAUUCAGACUUACUUUGACAGUGAGUGGGGCGAAGUGCGACUCGUCAAGCGCACCACCACAGAAGACCACGACCUCAUCAGUGAGCAGUUUUGGACAAGUGGGCAUCUCUGGGCAAAGACAUCAGGCAAAGACGACAGUCACGCGAAGAUGGAGGACGGUGUGGUCUUGAAGGCAAAGAGCGAAAGCACCAAAGGUUGCCUGACAGUGAAAGUGGGCGACAGCAUCCGGCUUUACUUCAACUACGAGCCCGCCGACCGCAUCAAGGACGUGCUUGAAAGUAUGGAGACCAAGUUUGGCUUGAAGGUGUCGCGCGCCGAGGGGGCGUUCAAGUUGAAGUAUCUUGCUACCGGCUCAUUCUUUGAGGAUUGGGAGCCCGUUCAUGCAACGGUCGCUGAGGACGAGGACGGUGGCCGUGCUGAGUUGGUGGUGUCCCUCCGCGGAGGGGGGAAGACUGUCAAGAAGACGAACUUGAAGAAAUCCCUUGUUGCCGAAAUGAAGGAGAACCUCCAAGAACAGGCGCGCACUGCGGAUGUCAGCAUGAUUGACACAGUGGGUGAGACAGUCGCCACUGCAAAGCAUGACCUUACCGCCUUGUUCGCAAGUGCUGAUGCUGACCCCCGUGCUGUGUUGAGCAAGUUGAUUGGGAACGCCUCCGUAGAGGUUUUGGGCAACAGCAAGGGCACGAGCCCUUUGUUGGAGAUGCUUGGCAAAGGGCGUCGCGACACUCGCUUGAACGAUGUGGGCAACGCUGUCAUGAAGGCAAAUUUCGCUCGCCUUUACGACCUCCAUGCGGAGGUUGAUGGUCUCACCGAAACAUGUGAGCUGACGUGGGAUGUGAUUGUCAAUCAGGCUUUCAUGAAAGAUGAUGGCUCUUUUGACUUCUCAGGCCUUCGUCGCCUGAUUGAGGACGCCAUUGUCAUCAAGGCAUCCCGUGGAAACUGA